GCGAUGGAAGGAUGCGAGCUUUUCUUGAUAGACUAGCACUCGAGGGAUGGUACCAUUCUUGAUUGGUUCAUUCAUCCAACCUUAAUCGGACCUUGGCUGGCACCCCGGGAAUGCCAACGUCGAUGCUCCAUGGUAAGAAUGAUUCCAAUUUCCCCAAACAUCAAUUAUUCUGUCUGCAAUCUGCCUAGGAAAUUAAAGAGGGAAUGACAUGAUCAAAGACACACAACACUUUUUUGUAGAAUGUGUCCAACGUGCAUGCAAACCUUGACCACAAGCCGGAAGGCGGAUAGAGACGGGCCGGUAGCGUCUUGCCAGAAAUACUUACUUGGUCGAACGAUUGAUAUCUUAUAAUUAGUUAUACAAGUGUCGACAUAAGGCAUUACUUCUCUCGAAAUAAUUCUGUCUACGUCAAAAUGGCGGCGGGACAUCUUCCCGGUCUAGUAAAAGACGGCUUCAAAGCAUUGCAAUUGGUCGGGUCAUCAUCUUGGCGCCGCAUGCUCCACGCCUGGAUAAUAGUUCCAUUUGGGGUCUUCUCUAUCAUGAUGGCAAUCUUUGGGGUCGAAAGACUCAUCAGUCUGACCGGUGUGCCAUUUCCAGCCUCUGUGGCCUGCAUGGUUCUUCUAUUCUUCGGUCUCAUCCUGAGCGAUCUCAUUCUCGGCGACAAACGUACCAAAAGAUUCAUUCGUCUCAUUGAGCCUUCGACUGGCUUUCUGCUGCGCUGGAUCAACAUCUUCUUCUGCCCUUCCUUCAUCCUGCUGCCGCUAAGUCCCGCUAUCGGCGCGGUGGAAGUCGGAAAGAUUCUCGCUGUCCUAUUCAUUGGAUACGUCGUAGUCACAGCAGCAACCGCAUUCUUUGUCCGAGGACUCUCCCUCCUUCUAGGAUCCCCAAAGCGAGCAAUGGUCGAACGAGCUGAGGAGACAGGUCCGCAGACCGACACCAUCCCUCUGACAGCGACGACGCCCCAACCAUCCGGAACCUCAACACCCAAUCCCUCCCGGACAGGUUCAUCAAUAUGGAACGUGUCCAACAUAGACACCCCUCUAUCGCCCCCAAGCCCAACACUCCAGGACCUUCAACACCCACUCCACAUCCAAGACCUCUCCACCAUCAACGGGACAACGCACGAUGGUAACACUUCAACACCACAACCCCGACAGGACCCUCCUCCCCUAAGCCGCUCCCAAAGAUGGGCCGCGACGAUAAACUACCACCUCGACACCGCAACCUACCUGACCAUCUUCACCCUGAUCGGCCUCCCACUCUACUACACGACACCGUACGUGACCCCCGCCCAGCUCCCCCUAAAUGUUCUCGCAUUCUUCGCCGCGCAAUCCCUCCCGCCUAAAUACCAACGCGUCCUCCACCCCGUCCUCCUCUCAUCAUGCCUCACCAUCCUCCUACUCUACCUCCUUGCAUUGUCCCAAUCCCAAAGCCUCGCCGUGGCCCUAAGAUCGUACCAAUCGGGGCCCACCCUCUCCUCACUCCUCUUAAACUCACGCCCCUCAUCUUCCCACCAUCCAGGGACGGGGACAGGCACAUCCCAAAUCUUCAGCGCCAUCCUCUCGGCGUCCAUCGUCGCCCUCGCCCUCCCCAUGUACACCCACCGCCACGACCUGCGCUCCCACGUCCCCGUGCUCCUCCUGCCGACGCUCUCUCUCGCCUUGGCAUCGCUGUUCCUGUAUCCGCCCCUGUGCUCGGCCAUUGGAAUCGCGGCCCCCCGUGCGCUGUCGUUCGCGAGCCGGAGUCUCACGCUCGCGCUCGCGAGCCCCGCGACGAGGAACCUCGGCGGCGAUGAGUCGGUCGUGGCGGUGUUGUGUAUUGUCAGUGGUGUGCUGGGGGUGUUGGUCGGAGGGAGGGUGCUGGAUUGGUGUAGGGUGCCGAGUGAUGACUAUAUCACGCGCGGUAUUACGCUCGGGGCGAAUAGCUCGGCGCUGGCGACGGCCAUGCUGCUGAGGACGGAUCCUCGCGCUGCGGCGUUUUCGAGUCUGGCGAUGAGUGUGUUUGGGUUGGUGAUGGUGGCGUUGACGAGUGUGUCGACUGUCGUCAAAGUGGUCGGUGGGUUGGCGGGACUGUGAAGUGCUACUGCUAGUUAAAUGUGCUGGUGAGUGCAAGAUUUCAAGGGGUGAGAGAGACCCAGAUGAC